AUGAGCCCAUCGCUGAAUCUUCGCAGGGCAUCAGGAGCCUUCCGCUCAUUUGUCCAGAAGAUCAGAAGCUUUAAGCGACCUAGUUCUUCCCCUUUGUGCGACCUGCCGCUUGAGCUAUUGCUAGAAAUCAGCGCUUACCUGGACGCCCCUGCCUUGUGUUCUUUUCGACUCACCUGCAGAUCUCUAUACAACUGCACCUUCUCCGAAUUCUGCAAGACAUACCUUGAGCCGCUGGAAACUGUCACGACAGACUUGUCCUGUUGUUCCCUUCGAAGGCUGAACACUUUAUCCUUGAAUCCGCGAAUAAGUCCGCAUGUCCGCUCAUUAGACAUCGACGGCACAAAAGAUGAAAUCCUAGGAAGGCGCCUCCAAUGGGAACGCCACCCCUCUGGGCUCCUCGAUACUUCGCAGGAGUCUGUCCGACGGUUGCAGGGGAUCUUACUGCGCCUGGUUAAUUGCGAGACUUUUCGUCUGUACCAGCAUUUCACGCAAUGUUGUCCCGGCGGCUCACAGGAUAUCCUAUGUUCCUCUGAUACAAUCACAAUCAUUCUCAGCAUUGUCGCUGCAAUAGAGCGCCCAAUUCGAGAGUUCCAUAUCCUAUUCAAGCCCCCAGAAGGUACUGGUGGCAAUCGGAUCAACAUGUCUCGCGUCGACACAAGGCUUGUCCGAGAUCCGAAGUUCAUCACUGCAUUUUCUACCCUGGAAUCGCUCACGUGCAAUUAUUCAAUGGAUACAAAAGAUAUGGUUGACUUCGCGGCACAACUCAUACAACAUGCAGGGAACCGCCUGCGACGACUCAACAUUGACCCCGAUCACGGCUACGGCCUGACAGAUGGGUAUCAUCUGCUGUCACGCUUGUAUGCGGCCCAGAUCACCCUUAAGUUACACGAGUUCACCCUGCACGCAGCUCGUGUAGGCUCAAGCGACGCCUUUAUCAAUUUCCUAUCCUCCUGCAAACAGAGCUUGACCAAGUUAUCGCUUGAUCGUGACCAUCUCGAUUCAGGGAAUUGGGCGUCCGUUUUACGAGCCCUUUCGAGAUUCCCUUCGCUGAUCGAGAUUCACACAUAUCUGCUCAGCGAUCCAGAAUCAAAAAUACACUUUCCAGCAGUGAUACAAGACCCUGUUGUUGAUCCAGUGCUGGGAACAAAAUUUUCGUACACUGCCAAGAACCUUCGAAUGGGCCAGAUAACCCUGAUGGUUGCCUAUUCCGGUCGUAGCAUGGACGUUGCCUUGCAAAAGCUGGCCGACUACGCAACACCUUGGAAGCUCACAGUGUCUGGCACCUGA